GGCGCAGCUGUUCCUCACGCGGGUGAGCAAGUGGCAAGUGCAUCUUGAGUGGCUGCAGAAAACUGCAAGUGAUCGUAAAUGUGCGUGACAUUCAAUACCUGGAUAUACCACAAAAUAUACGGUAUAAAAUAUAUAUCAAAUUCACUAGUCCUUAUUCAGGGUCCAGCGCUGUGUUUCAUCUUACUGAUCGCACGGUACAGAGAUAAUUAAUCAGUAUAUUUAAAUAACAAUAAAAAUUUUAAAGAUAGUUGUGAAAAAAAUAUUUGAAUAAUUAAAUAAAAAAAAUCUAACAGUAGAUAAAUUAAAAUAAUUAAAAAGGAAGAAAUCGUUGGAGAGUAAACAUAGAUCUAGAAUGUAGAUCUUAAGCCUCGCCGUGACAGAAGCCAAAUUUAUCUCCAUGUCCGGCAUUGUGAUUUAAAAUAAGAUUUAAAUAUUUACCAGCCGUGCUUUCUAAUUAAUAGUCCAUGUACAUAUUUGUGUGGAUAUAAAUAACAAUGAAUGAGAAAAUUAACUCGGUGAAAGUAUGACACUUUGCAUUUACGCUAGUUUUUAUAAAAAACCUGAAGGUUAAGUUCCGAGCUAAGAAUACGAUAAUUGUAAUGCUGGUAAUUAUUAUUAUUACAACAAGUAAUAACUAACGAGAAGUAUCACCAAGGAUAAAUCAUCGCUAACCAAUUGAUCAGCAAAAAAGUGAUCGGACAAUGUCCAUGACACAGCUAUUGAGACACUCGUCGCAUAUUAAUGGAAAUUCAUGACGUAAAAAUGUUGUCUUAAUAAAUAAAUAAAUAAAUAAAUAAAUGAAUAAAUAAAUAAAUAAAUAAACGAGAGUAGACAAUUGCUUUUCAAAUAAAUACCCCGACCCCCAAAUCCAAAAUGGCCGAAGACGAAGGAACCGAGUGGCUGUUGGAAUUGCUGCGAGACGUCCAGCUCUCACAAUUCUACACACGAAUCCGAGACGACCUCCAGGUGACCAUGUUGCACCACUUCGACUAUGUCCAGUCGGAGGACCUGGAGAAAAUCGGGCUAGGCAAGCCAGGAAUCCGGCGCCUGAUGGACGUGGUGAAGAAGAAACGCGCUGCGCAAAAGAAGAAAAAUUUGAUCACCAAAAUCCGUCCGGGAAGUAGCGGUAAGACCAGCAAGAGGUCUUCUACCGCAGUUUCUGCAGAAACAUCACUCCUGACUUGCUUGAUCCAAGACAAAGACGUCACCUUGUCCGUCAAACUGGGUGACGGAAGCUUCGGCGUGGUCCGUCGAGGAGAAUGGACCUCUCCAACAGGACGAACUCUUCCCGUGGCUGUAAAAGUUCUGAAAGCAGACGCACUGACCCAGCCGAGCGUGAUCGAAGACUUUGUGUCUGAAGUCCAGGCGAUGCACACUCUGGACCACCAUAAUCUAAUCAGACUCUACGGAGUAGUUCUGUCCCAGCCGAUGAUGAUGGUGACUGAGCUCGCGCCUCUCGGAGCGCUCCUGGACUACCUCCGGAAGCAAUGCGGGCAUAUUUUGAUCCUAACCAUGUGCGACUACGCGCUGCAAGUUGCUACAGGAAUGGCUUACCUGGAGGCUAAGCGAUUUCUCCACCGGGAUCUGGCGUGUCGCAACGUUCUGUUGAGCUCAGUUGACAAAAUAAAGAUCGGAGACUUCGGGCUGAUGCGAGCCUUGCCCCAGCAGGAAGACUGCUACGUGAUGACCGAGCAUAAGAAAGUUCCCUUCCCCUGGUGCGCGCCCGAGUCUUUGAAAGCUAGACAAUUCAGCCACGCUUCCGAUGUCUGGAUGUUCGGUGUGACUCUCUGGGAGAUGAUGACCUUCGGUGAAGAGCCCUGGGUCGGUCUGAACGGCUCGGAGAUCCUCAGGAAGAUUGACCGGGAAGGCGAACGGCUGUACGAACCAGAAGCCAGUCCUCCGGCGAUUUACCAGCUGAUGUUACGCUGCUGGGCGCGGGACCCUGCGGAGAGGCCGAGUUUCGCUUCGCUUCGCGAGUCACUGACCGGGAUGGUUCCGCCUGUUAUGAAAGCUCUCAACCGCUUCGAGGAAACUGACAAGAUGAGCAUCGAGCAGGGUGACCAGAUUGUCAUUAUUGAUGGUCGUCCGGAGAACUACUGGUGGAAAGGCCAGAACCAGAGGACUUUCCAGGUCGCGGCGUUCCCCAGGUGUCUCGUUGAUCCGAUGCGUCGCAAACAACCUGAGGACAUCAGCAAGCCCCUGGAGAACUCGUUUAUUCACACGGGACAUGGAGCUCCCUUUGGAAAGAGCUGGGGAAGUCCUCAGUUCAUUGAUGAUGUCUACUUGAGGAAUCCUAUGGAGCCGCCAGAUGUCGUUGGGGUUAUUGAAAAGAAGUUUGCUCACAGCGCAGCACGCUCGAGGAAGCAGUUUAAUUAUACCAGGUUUCAAAACGACUUGCGUUCUAGUCCAGUUAAAACUUUAAAUACUAAUGCGCAGGAAGGCAGUCUUAUUGACUUAUCGCCUGAAGAACUGGCUCUUAGUGCCAGUGGGUUGAGAUCUGAGUCAUGUAGGAGGGUGGUUAAUAUACUUGAUGAGCCUAUUGAAGGUGAAGAAGAUCCGACCUAUGAAAACUUUCCAGGUAAUUCUUCUCAAGAUCCUUUUGACACUUCACGGGUGUUCGUGAACCCCUCAAGAUACUACAGCCACGUCCCAGACUCAGGACAGUCUUACAUGAACGUCCAGGAAGACAAGUCUCAAUACUCAAGCGAGAUAACUCAGUACUCAAUAAAUCUGAACAAAGAUAUCAGAAGCGAGAAUACUAAUUUAAAUGUCAAUUUACCUGACACUGAACAUACCAGAGAAAUUUAUAGCGAGGUUAAUAAAUUACAGACCACUUGGCCGGAAGAUUUGCCAGACCAGCAGUACGCCAACGUUCGUCCUACGACAAGUCAACCCCCAGUGCCGCCUAUCGGGCCUAAUGAAAGCCCCUCGAAGCCAAAAUCUAACCACGACAUCGCUCAGACCAUGAGCGAGUUGACUAUCGAGACUGAUACGACCAAGAAACUGGACCCGGCGUUCCUGGCGGAGCUGGAGAAGCAUUUAGGCGCUAAAGAAGUUUGUAAAAACUCGAAUGAACUCCAGGUGAGACUUAGACCACCUCCACAGUCUAAACGAUCUCCUCAAGGCGCAAAUUCACCAAUGGCUUUGCCAACUAAGGUCCAGAACUCUUGGCCGAGUAAGAAUGUAAAUGUAAGACCUGUAAGUCAAAAUUAUUCAGCGUCUGGGAGUAAUAAUGUCCCGGAAAGUUCUACAGAUGCUAUUAUUGGGCAGAUGUGGCAGCAGCAAAAUUACUCAGCUAAUCAAAAUAUUUCACAAGUUGAUCGUGGUCAGUCUUCUAAUUUGCUACAGAUUGCUAGCAGACCAAAUUACUCGAGUAACUUCCAGCAGAACUUCACAUUACCGACAUUGACGCACGUGCAGAAUGAUUUGCAGCCCACCAGAGCAGCGCCUCCUAGACCAUCAAAUGUUCCUGCUGGAGCGCUUCUUUCCGAAAAAGUAUACGCUGAAUUGAGGGAAACAGUGCCAAAUUUAGAUCAGUUGUCCCAGAGUGAAUUUAAUACUCUUUAUAAUAAGACUGUCCAGCAGAAUAUUCUAAGAAAUCAACAGCAGCAGCAAGCUAUAAAUUUAAACCCUAGUAUUAAUGGAAAUGUUGGUAACAGUAAUGGUAAUAUGAUUAAUCAGAGCCAAACAUUACCUCGUAAUUACGGCACGCAGGUAGAUCACCCGUUUGAUUUUAGUCCGAAUUUAAAACAGCCACCGGUUUACAAUCCUCCUCCCGCGUGGAGCCCGAAGACUCCUAAUGGGUUUAAAAAUAAUGCUCAGGCUAACUUGAUACAAUUCACCCCUUCAAGAUCUCCAGGGGCUGCUGGACCAGCGAGAAGCUUGCUUCCGAUGAUGAAUGAGACUGUUGUUAAUACUCAGCUGGCACCUUCGACGUCAGCGUAUCCUUCUGGAGUCAGUCCGCCGUUGACCGGCGCCUCACAGCAGUUAGUUAUGUCACUCAAUGAUGAAUUUCGCGCGAGCAAGGUUAUGAAAGUACAAAAAGACACAGGAGAUGCUUCCCAGAAAGAAAUUUUGGCUGCACUGCAAGCUACUGGAUGGGAUACCAACCAGGCUUCUAAACAGAUUCUUAAAGAUCGUCAGGCGAAAAUCGAAUCGCUGUCAAGGUUAGGUUUGGCGAGCAAGCAACAGUGCGAAGGUGCCUUGAAACAAACAGAGUAUGACGUGGAACUAGCUGCUUCUUUAUUAUUAGACCGAGUGAGAUAGAUCAUCAACGAAACGAACAAAAUACAGUAAUCAAACGUUUUUAAUUAGAAGUUAUGGAUAUAAUUAUAUGUUGAUAUUAUUUAAAUAAUAUUCUGUGAUAUAUGCUACUAAAGGCUCUAGAUUUUACUGUUCUGUAGCUCUUAAUUGACAUUCUUCUUAAAUUUAUUGGUCAAUUAACCAAGAAGUUAUUGAUCAAAUAAUUGAUUAUUAAUUAGCAUCAAUAAGAUACGUAUUAGCAUGUAAAUAUUUAAGUAUUUAUUAAUGUUAAUGAUAAAUUACGUGAUCUAAAUUGACAAUCGCUCUCUUGAUUUAAAAUUCGUUUCCGUGAUUUAUUUU